AGAAUAUUUUUAACAAUUCCUGUAACAACAUGCAGCUCAGAAAGAUCAUUCUCCGUCCUUCGGCGCUUAAAAACUUAUUUACGUUCAACAAUCAGUCAGCUAAGAUUAAACCAUUUGGCUAUACUUUAUUGCUAUAAAGAACGCGCCCAAAAUCUUUCAAUUAUACAAAGAAUUUACUUCUCAGAAUGA